UAGGUCAUUACCGCUACUUUUAAAUCGGUUGUUACGGACGCCAAUGAUUUUGUAAAGACAUUUUUCUGGGUUGUUACUUGCUAAUAUGCUUUGCGAGACAAAUAUAUGAAUAAACAAAAGAAAUAGAAAUGGUUUCAGGCAGUUUAAAUUUACCUGUCAUAGAUUUGGAAAAUUUUGAAGAUCCACGUUUUACGGAUUCAAAGUAUGUGCUUACUAGUCCCAGAUCUCUUGAAGCCUGUUCACGCCUGAGGAUACCUCCUGUUGAUCUGCUUUACAAAAGCAGGGCUGAAUUCCUCGAACGUUUCAAAAAACUCCCUGCAAACAAAAUUGAUGAGCUUUACAUAAAAAGUGAAGAACAAAGAAGAGAUAAGCUUUCAAAGGUUAGAUUAGAAAGGAGAAGGUUGUUAAGGCUUGAAGAUUCUACGAAGAAUGGAUCUCCAUUUGCAGAUGUUGGAUAUGUAGAUGAAUUCACCGAAAUCCCUCGAAAAACAAGUAGUAUUUUCACUCAGCCAUCUGUGAAAAAGUUUGAAGAAAAUGUCAACAAUGGACCAUCUUACACAAAAAUGUAUACAGAUUUAAUGAACAAAUUACACCCAAAUGAACUUAAACGAAUCGAUUUAAUUCAAAAAAAGUACGAAAAGAAUAAAACAUGUCGUCCAACAACAUCAUCAUCAUCGUUUAUUAAUUCAAGAAGUUUACAAAAUCUUGUUCUUAUUGGUCAGGCAUCUAGACCUCAGUCAGCAACUUGCAAACGAUUUCAACAGAGUCAGCACAGCACUCCACAAGCACAAAAUUCUGAACGAAACAGCACAGUAAGUAGCAUAUUGUUUUCUAAUUUAAAUAUUCCCUAUAAUGAUAAUUAUGGAACACCCUUUUAA